UCACACGUAUUAGCUGAAGAGAACAUGAGCUGAACAGAAUUAGGAUCAUACCGACAACUACCGAUUAUUUUUUUAGCUUUCCUACCGAUAACGAGGAAAACAAUCUGGUCACACUGGUUCCGGGUGACUGGAAAACUGUCAAAGUGUAAAAUCAAAACAAACAUAUAAACAAACUAGCCAGCAGCAAAGCAGAUCAGAAUCGUAUGAACUUUUCUUUUGAAUAUAAACAUUUAAGUUACAUCGAAAGUGUGGAAAAAGUAUAGCAAUCCAUGCGGAACAGCUGCCGGCAGUCAGCGGGUGUAAAAAAGGUGGUGUUUGCACAGUUUCUACAAUGUUUCAAACUUCCUUUAAGUACUACAAAUCGAGAAAUCCAGUCCCUACAUUUGAAGAUGUGUUUGUUAUCGGUAUGAAACAUCCUAAUCUUCAGCCGGUGCAGCUGAAUCAUAUCGAUGGAGGCAAUAUUUUAGGUUUACACCCAACAACGGAGUGGAAAGUUUAUGAAUUGUCAACGAGACCGGGAUUGCUUGUGUUGGCCAAUCCGUUUACCUGUGAGGGUCAGCGGUACUGGAUGAUGCGUAGCUUGGUGAAUUAUCCGAUGUAUCCCAACACCACCAACCGAAGUAACGUGAACCAAUCGAGCCGGGAUGCGGAAUGCUCCUGGUGGGAAAUGUUACGCAGCAUACCACAUCUAACCGAGCGACGCAAAUACGCCAAACAGCUGCGAUGGGCCACGUUAGGUUAUCAGUACGAUUGGACGAAUAAGGUGUACGAUGAGGCACGGAAAGAACCCUUCCCAUCGGAACUGGGCGCGCUGGUGAGGUACGUCGCUACCGUACUAGGAUACGAUCGGUUUUCACCCGAGGCGGCCAUCGUUAAUUACUAUCCCAUCGGAUCGACGCUUGCCGGUCACACGGAUCAUUCAGAGGAUGAUCAGAAUGCACCUUUGUUUUCGUUCAGCUUCGGUCAGCCAGCAGUGUUUCUGAUCGGUGGCACUACACGCGACGAAGAGCCGGAUGCUAUUUUGCUACGUAGCGGUGACAUCGUUAUUAUGACCGGUGCGAGUAGACAAUGCUAUCAUGCGGUGCCACGUAUUUGCACCGAUUCGGAACUACCGGAAGAGAUGGGACAUAGUGCGGAGCGUUGGGAGAAAACCGAUUCGUUCAAGGAGCAUUGUACAGAUGAAAGCUGGAAUGACGCACAGCAGUACAUCCAGUACAGUCGCAUCAACAUAAAUGUGAGGCAAGUAUUAAGGGAGAAUCAACUGACGCUACAACCAAGUCGGUUAAUUUAAGUUUUAUUUAUUUGAAAUUUUUGGAGGAAGAAAUAUUUACGUUACUCUGUUGAAUGUUCUAGAAAGCUGUGUCAAUUUAUCGUUCCGUCGAUAAUAUCACAUGCGUUCACGUUUGCAGUGUGAUUAAAAGAGUAUUGGGAAGCUAAUAUGAGAAAGAGGAAAGUUUUAUUUUCUGUAUUAAUGUUUUUAAAAAUAAUGUUGCUUAAAUUGUUAUCAUAGUUUGAUCAAAAUUUAACAUAUUUGGAACAUAAAAGUAUGUUAGUAUGAAGCUUCAUUAUAAGAAUAUUUAAUAAUUAAUUAUAAAUUAUUUAUUAAAUUUAUAAAAUUAAAUAAUUAUAUUUAGAUUUACUUUUAGGAGAAGUAAUGUUUUGUCCUCAAAUUUUAUGAUUUACUUUCGAAUACGUUAAAUGAUUUUUAACGUUAUUUAUCUGAUUGCAAAUCUACUUUACCACUAGUAACAGCGAGUGGAUAAGGCUUCGUAAUUUGAUUGUCGUGUGAAUGCUCUACUAGAUCGAAGCAAAUUUGCCCAAAUCC